UAUCAGUGUUUACCUCAGUGCGGCCAAGACAGCGGGAGUGGGAGGAUAUGUGAUCCUGCCGAGCCGUCCAGCACCCCACCACCCGUGACUCAGUGAAGGGAACAACAACAAUGUCUCGCAACUCUAAAUCCCAGAACAGAGCCCCCACUGCCUUGGUGGAGGUGAAGAGCAAGUUCGACGCCGAGUUCCGCAGAUUCAGCGUGGAGAGAGACAAAUAUGAGAAGCUGGACGACUUCCGCAGCCUGGUGGAGGAGCUGCACCACCUUGCCAACAUUGCCUUUGUCCUCGCCUACACCGACCCCCGGGAUGGUGACCUUCUGCCCAUUACUAACGACGAUAACUUCCGCAAGGCUCUCCAGUGUGCCCGGCCGCUUCUCAAGAUCAUCAUUCAGCACAAGGGUAGCCUGGAGCACCUGCCCAAUGGUUCUUCCUCGGCCAACAAGAUCCCCAGCAUUCUGUCACCCUUUGUCACCCAGCCCAGGAACAAGCUGUCCAUCUCGUACCCACAGGACUUCAGACAGGUAGCGGCCAUCAUUGACGUGGACGUGGUGCCGGAGGUGUGUCGUCGAGUGCGUCUGCUUAAACACGGGUCCGACAAGCCUCUGGGAUUCUACAUUCGCGACGGCACCAGCGUCCGCGUCACGCCCAUGGGACUAGAGAGAGUUCCUGGUAUUUUUAUCUCCCGCCUGGUGCCUGGGGGCCUCGCUGAGAGCACUGGCUUGUUGGCGGUCAACGAUGAGGUGCUGGAAGUCAACGGAAUUGAAGUUAAUGGCAAGACUUUGGAUCAGGUGACGGACAUGAUGGUGGCAAACAGCAGCAACCUUAUCAUCACCGUCAAGCCUGCUAACCAGCGCACCCUGCCCUCACACUCCCCGCGGCGAGGCUCCUUCUCCAGAAACUCCGCCAUGUCCUCUGGAUCCCACCAAUCACAGCACAGCGCAUCUGACGAGGACCGAUUUGACCAGGAUGAGAUUCGGGACUUGACGGCUGGCGGCGAUGGGGCAGGAAAUGAUGGCGGCUUGUCCCCCACUGGCUCUGCGUCGUCAUCGCACCACCACACGCAUCACCUCCAUGCCUCCCAGCCUAGCAAAGAUGAGGGUGUGUUGCAUCUGUGAGUCUGUGUGCGUGUGUGCAUGUGUGUGUGUGUGUGGGGUGGUAUCUGAGUGUGUGGCCUUAGUGUGUGUGUGUGUGUGUGUGUGUCAGUGCCUAACAGCCCUAUUACUGAGUCUCAUCCAGUCUUCCAUCACUAAACAAUUAUCUUUUUCUUUCUUUUUUAAAUAACCAAGCUUAAACCUGUUAUUUUCCUGUCCUUCCCUGAUUACUGACCCUUAGAAUUUGUCUGUACGCUUGUUAUAUCCCUUUGGGCACUUCAACACCUCACCAGAUCCCCUCGUAGUUACCCUUGUUUGAAUCCCUGAGGGCAAUUCAAUAUAUUCAGCUGUUAUUGUUUUUCAUCAUUAUUAUCUCUAUUUAACCUGUCAGCGGCCUUCGUUUAAAUUAGUUUCGGUUCGUUUAUGAUGUAUAGAUGUUUAGUUUAAUUUUAAGUAUAAGAUUCAGUUUUAUUUGUCUGUCUGUGUGUGUGUCUGUCUUAGUUCCCAGUAUCUCUUUCUCUCUCUCUCUCUCUCUCUCUCUCUCUCUCUCUCUCUCUCUCUCUCUCUCUCUCUCUCUCUCUCUCUCUCUCUCUCUCUCUCUCAGGCAUCUAUAGUUUGUGCGUCUAAGAAUUCAAGGCGUUUAUACAAGGGGUCAAACUCUUAUGAAAUUGUCAGGGACCUUAUGAAUUUCACACUGGAAGGUUCUGGCGUUUAUACAGGGAAAAGAUUCUCAUGUAGUGAACAUUUUUUAUUACUACUACUACUACUACUACUGCUAUUAUCAUCAUUAUUAUCAUUAUUUUUCAUCUUUCCUCCCUAUAUUCCUUGUUCCGUCCACAGUAAAUAAGAUUCUCGGGAAAGUGUGUGUGUGUGUGUGUGUGUGUGUGUGUGUGUGUGUGUGUUGGCAAAUCAUUAGAGAAAGAAAUGAAUCGAAAAAAAAAAUAGUUUGGCUUUAUUGUGAAAUAUAUAAUAAUUUUUUUUUAUUAAAUGGAGUUAUUAUUAUUAUUAUUAUUAUUAUUUAUUUUAUAAUUUGUGAAUAUAUUUUUCUUUUUUUUAUUAUUUAUUUAUUUAUCUAUUUGUUUAUUUUAUUUAUUUUCUACUGACCUGAAUAUUUGGCUGUAAUUACUUUUUCCAUUGCAUUAUUUAUUUAUUUAUUUAUUUAUCCUUUUCUUUUUCUUGCAAUUUUCACUUUGUUACAUUUAGAAAUUUGACUUUUUUUUUCUUCUCUCUCUUAAAAUUUCUUCCAACACUCGUUUAUCAAAGAAUUAGACAGAAUUUCCUAUUAUCAUCAUAACUAUUACUAUCAUUCUGUAUCUGGCAGCUUCAUUUAAUCACACACACACACAUACACACAGCAUCUAUUAUUUUUUAUUUAAUUUAAUGUUUUGCCUAAAUUCUGCAGUACUUAUCCAUAUAUUUUACAAGGUGUGGUAUACCUGUACUUAAUUUAAUGCUACACUGUCUUUUGUUCCACCUUGCAGUCUUGUUAUAUAUAGUAUUAGUGUUGCUUGGAAGUGUGGCCAGCUGAAUUGUACCUAAGCUCAAGAUCAAGGUUUCUUUUGUCUAUAGAUCUAAUUUAUGCCCUUUAAAAUAAUAAUAAUAAUAAUAAUAAUAAUAGCAUGUGAAUUUCAGUCAUUUAUAGAUUUGUUUAUUUUUUUGUUGUUCAUUCAUCUAUACUUUUUUUUAUGAGAUCAAGGUUUCUUUCGCUUAUAGAUUUAAUUUAAACAAGUACCCUUUAAAAUUGUCUCUUAAUACCACUGGCUAAUGUGAUUUUCAGUCGUUUAUUGAUUUAUUUAUUAAUUUCUUUUGUUGUUCAUUCAUCUAUACUUUUUAUGCGAUCAAGGUUUCUUUCGCCUAUAGAUUUAAUUUAAACUAUACCCUUUAAAAAUUAUCUAUGAUACCACGUGAAUUCCAGUCAUUUAUAGAUUUAUUUAUUUAUUCAUUUCUUUCGUUGUUGGUUCAUUCAUCUAUACAUUUUACAAGGCCAAGAUUUCUUUCGUCUAUAAUACCAGAUACAUUUAAACUGUCUAUAGAUCUAAUAAUUCAUUUUAGUUUAUUAUUAUGACUAUUAUUACUUUUUAUUGCUUUAUUUUCUAAUUUAUUUACUUGUUGAAGCAGAGUGAGGUUGUGUGUGUGUGGUCUGUGAUGUACUUAAGUGUUGCAGUGUUGCCAAGUGCCUUUACAACCACUGAUUCCGUCUAUACAUGAGGCCUUGAGUUGUGAGAUGAGGUGGCAAUGUUGUUGUGUUGUACCCCAGACUGUACUUCAAAUUGUACUUCCUAACCUAACCUAACCUAACCUUACCUAACCUAAUUUAACAAAACCUAACCUAACCUAACAAAUUCUGACCUUACCUAACCUAAUUUAACAAAAUCUAACCUAACCUAACUAAACCUAACAAAAUCUGACCUAACCUAACCUAACCUCAUUCAACAAAACCUAACCUAACCUAAUUUAACAAAACUUAACCUAACCUAACCUCAUUCAACAACACCUAACCUAACCUAACCUAACCUAACAAAACCUAACCUAACCUAACCUAACCUAAUUUAACCUAACCUAUUAUAAACUAAAAAGGAAAUAUUUAAAUAGUUGGCUUUAGCACAUUUUCACACACACACACAAACACACAUGAUUCAAUUGUAAAAAAUAUAUAUAUAAAUCAUUAUCUUGAAGGAACAGGAGGCAACUAGAGUGUGCUGUAGGGCAAUGCUGUGUGUGUGUGUGUGUGUACGUGCGUGGUGCCUUAUCUGGGCCGCCCUGUGUGGGGUUGCCAGCUUAGUAUAGAGAUAAAAAAAAAAAAAAAUAUUCAGGUUUGUGUUGGUACCAGACAGAAGAGUCAGAAACACAAUAAACAUCAAAACACCCCUGCAAUCUUCAUGUGUGUGUUUGAGUGGCUGGUGGAUGGGGUGUAUUGUGGUGGGGAGGGGGGGCAGGGGUACAGAGCCAUCCAUUGACCCAUCUAAGUUAUUAUUGUUAUGAUUGUGUUGGUGGUGGAAAGAUUUAUAUAUAUGUGUGUGUGUGUGUGUGUGUGUAUGUGUGUGUGUCAACAAUUUCGUCCAAUACAGGCCAUCCAGAGAGUAAAAACGUGCCUUGUGUUUGUGUGUGUGUGCGUGUGGACUCGUAAAGAUUCACAUUAUAUUUAAAUAAAUAAACCGCUUUUAUUUUAUUUUGUAUUUGCGCAUUUCCUUCUACUACUACUACUACUGUUUUAGUCAAUUAGCACAUGAGUUUUUUUUAGCAUAAUUAUAAUGUUCUUGUGUAUAUUUGCAUUUUUUUUUUAUUUGAUUUUUUAUUUGAUUUAGCAUUGUAUGUAUUAUUUUAGUUAUACGUCAAAUAUUAGUCGUUUUCUAUGUACGAAUAUUAAUUACUUGUUUUCUUUUCUCGGUGUUAAUGUCUGAUUCUCUCUCUCUCUCUCUCUCUCUCUCUCUCUCUCUCUCUCUCUCUCUCUCUCUCUCUCUCUCUCUCUCUCUCUCUCUGAUUUUGUGGUGUCAGGCAUAUUAUUAUUAUUACUACUACUACUACUACUACUACCUGUACUUAAUAGUGAAUGUUUACUAUUUACACAGCGUCCGUUCCAAACUGGUUAGUCAGAAUAAACUUUUUAAUUUAACUACAGCAUAGUUUAAUUAUUGUAAUGUAAAAUAGUGUUAUAAUAUUAAAACUAUUUCCAUAAA